AUGUCAUUCUUCGACUCGGAUGCCUCUUCUGAUCCUGUGCGCCUCGCACUCGACGCGUUGCUUGCUAGGGACGAUCUUGCACUGCUCAAAGAUGCGCGCGUCAUCUACAGGGCAAACCCGGAUCCGCACAAUGUCUCCAUCAUCUCAGGCGGGGGCAGUGGUCACGAGCCUUUGGCAGCAGGCUAUGUGGGCAGGGGCAUGCUGACCGGCGCUGUAUCGGGUGACAUCUUUGCGAGCCCUUCGACUAAGCAAGUCUUUGCAGCCAUCAGAGCAUGCGCAAGCGAUGCGGGGACGCUGUUGCUCAUCCUCAAUUACACUGGCGAUGUUCUCCAUUUCAAUCUUGCGGCACAGAAAGCUCGCGCCGAAGGACAGGCGGUUCAGGUCGUUGCCAUUUCAGAUGAUGUCGCAGUCGGCCGUGCGGCAAGUGAGCUGGUCGGAAGACGUGGCUUGGCUGGUAUGAUCCUGGCUCAGAAAAUCUGCGGCGCUGCGGCGGAAGCCGGUCAGUCAUUGCAUCAGCUGACAACACUCGCACAACGCAUCAAUGCUAAUAUGGUCUCUAUUGGGGCAUCACUCGAUCAUUGCCAUGUGCCAGGCUCACUACCCGCUCAUCUAAAGGCAGACGAAAUUGAGCUUGGCAUGGGCAUUCAUAAUGAGCCCGGCUUUACAAAGCUGUCGCCAUCACCCAAGCCUGCCGAGCUCGUUGCGCGAAUGUUAGGACUACUGCUCAAGCAAGACGAUGAGGAGCGCUCCUUUGUGCGGUUCGCAGCCGGUGAUCAGCUCGUCCUCCUUGUGAACAAUCUUGGAGGGCUGAGCAAUCUCGAGCUUAGCGCCUUGACGUCCCUCACUCUGUCCGCGCUGGCUUAUCAGCCUGCAGAGGACCAAGCUAUCCACCCUGUGCGAGUCCUCUCGGGAACCUUCCUCACCUCGCUUGACGGAUCCGGCUUCUCCAUAACGCUGCUCAACAUAAGCUCAGCCGCCUCGGACGUGUCCAGCAAUUCCGAGCUUCUGGAUUUGCUCGAUGCUCCUGCAGCAACGGCAGCCUGGUCCAAUCCCAGUGCAACAUCCUCAGCCUCUGCAUCGCGUGAUAGUCGUACAAAACAAUCUAGUAAGGACGUUCGCAGCCCGCAGCAAUCAGGCAAAGUACUGGUAAGCGCAUCGGUGCUCUAUCGGGCCAUCAGCGGCGCAUGCGAAACGCUCGAAGCGCAAGGCCCGCAGCUAACUCGAUGGGAUACCAUCGUCGGCGAUGGGGACUGCGGCCGUACUUGCGAGCAAGGCGCGCAAGCUGUUUUAAAGCUCGUGAACAGUCCUCCGCACUCAUCCCGCAUCGAUAUAGGCUCUUUCGUACACGACAUUAGCGAGGCAGUCGAGGAUGCUUGCGGGGGCACGCUCGGUGCAAUUUUCGCCAUCUUCCUCGCUGCAUUAGCCAACGAACUCUUGGCCGUGACAGCGGACAGCCUUGAGAUGUCCACUUGGGCAGCUUGUGCAGCUCGCGCUCUGGAGACGUUGGAAGCAUCAACGCUUGCUCGCCAAGGCCACCGCACUAUCAUGGACGCACUCAUCCCGUUUGUCGAAACUUUCACUAUUUCGAAUGUUCUACGAACGGCCGUGUCCGCUGCCAUUACAGGCGCAGAGGGAACGAAGAAUCUUAAAGCGAAGCUGGGCCGAGCGGCCUACAUUGGUGAGCGUGAGGGGACAGAAGUCCCGGAUCCCGGUGCGAUGGCGGUCGCGGCGAUCCUGUCCGGCUUGAUGGAGGCGUUUGACUGA